AGCCUGUCAUCUAAACUGCCUUCUUUUUUCUAGGUGACAUCAGACCUCCAAAGCACGUUCAACAGACGGAUUUGGCCGCAACACUGUCAGUUGGGCUUGGUCUGCCGAUUCCAAAGAGCAGCAUAGGCAGUCUUUUAUUCCCAGUUGUAGAAGGAAAACCAAUGAGGGAACAACUGAGAUUUUUACAUUUAAAUACAGUACAGCUUAGCAAACUGUUGCAGGAGAAUGUCCCGUCCUAUAAAAAAGAGCCCGGAUUUGAGCAAUUUAAAGUGUCAGAAAGGUUGCAUGGGAACUGGAUCAGACUGUACUUGGAAGAAAAUAACUCAGAAGUCCUUUUCAACCUGGGAACCAAGGUUCGCAGGCAGUACUUGGAUGCGCUGAGGACGCUGAGCCUGUCCCUGAGCAGACAAACGGCCCAGUACGACGUCUACUCCAUGGUGGUGGGGACGGUUGUAGUCCUAGAGGUUCUUGCCCUGCUCCUGCUCAGUGUCCCCCAUGCGCUGAGCAGCGAGGCUGAGCUGGAAGUCCCCUUGCUGUCGCCUAUGUUUUCUUUGCUCUUUUACCUGGUGCUCCUGGUCCUUUCGGCACUCCAUGUCAUCGUGUGCACCUCCGUGGACAGCUCGUGCUAUCUGUGCAGCCUCUCGUGGCUGACAGCAGGAGGAGUCAUGGUGCUGAUUUCUGCCCUGCUCUGUGCAGUCAUAUCUGCUGUCACCAAGGUGUUGGCCAGUGGAAAGCUUCCGAGUAAGAAUCCGGCUCAUUCCAGCUCCAGGUGGUCGGAGUUAGAUCUUCUUAUUUUACUGGGGACCCUGGGCCACGUGUUGAGUCUGGGUGCAAGCAGUUUCAUCGAAGAGGAGCACCAGACAUGGUACUUCCUUGUUAACACACUGUGUCUAGCUCUGUGCCACGAGAUGUACAGAAACUGCUUUCUGGAAGACAGUGGUGCGCCUAAGCGUUGUCUGCACGCAGAAGAGGAGUUUGACCGGGCCACCCAGGCCCCACGGGGCAGGGGCACGGACUGGGACACGCUGGAGAUCGACAAAGUGUCCACAGGGCCCUCUCCCCUGGAAGUGCUCAGAGACCAUGAGAGGUGGAUGGUGCUGGCGAGCCCAUGGGUGAUUCUGACCUGCUGCCGGCUGCUGCGGUCCCUGAACCAGACAGGCGUGCAGUGGGCCCACCGGCCGGACCUGGGGCACUGGCUCACCAGCCCUGAUCAUAAAGCUGAACUCUCUGCUCUGGCCGCACUUUCCCUCGUCAUGACUUUUGUGUUGGUUCAAAGAAGGUGCUCUGUGGCAUCAAAAGUAGCCAUGGCGUUUGGCCUGCUGGGCGUCUAUUGCUACAGGGUGGCCCUUGGCAAUGUGCUGUUCCCGUGGCAACAAGAUAACAAAGACAUUUCAAAGGGCAUUACUGAAGCUCGUUUUGUUUAUGUCUUUGUCCUUGGCAUUCUGUUCACGGGCACCAAAGACUUGCUUAAAUCUCAGGUCCUUGCUGCAGACUCCACAGUCAGGACCGUGGGCCUCUGGGAGGUGCAUAGCGGACUGGUCCUCCUGGCUGCACUGCUCUCACGACCACACAACCUUCCUGUCUUAGUGCUCAGCCUUUUGGUCCAGACCAUCAUGACUCAGUUCGUCUGGAGGCCCCUGAGGCACAGCACAGCUGAGGUCACCGUGAUGCACUACUGGUUUGGUCAAGCAUUCUUCUACUUUCAGGGAAACUCCAACAGCAUCGCCACCGUGGACAUCUCAGCGGGCUUCGUGGGCCUGGACGCCUACAUGGAGAUCCCAGCCAUGUUCCUGACCGCGUUUGCAACAUAUACCGGGCCUGUCCUGUGGGCCAGCCACCUGGUGAACUUCCUGAGCUCAGAAACCAGCAGCGGAUCGUCACUGAGUCAUGCCUGCUUCUGCUACGCACUGAUUUGUUCUUUUCCAGUUUCUGCAUAUAUCAUUUUGGUGACAUCCUUGCGUUAUCAUUUAUUUAUAUGGAGUGUGUUUUCUCCAAAACUUCUCUAUGAGGGAAUGCACCUACUCAUUACCGCUGCUAUCUGUGUGUUCUUCACAGCCAUGGACCAGACCAACCCAAAGUCUUAGACUGAGCUCUUAGGCACUGAACUCUUGUGUUUUCGUCGUCGAUUUGCAUAAUGAAAACAUCUGUUCAAAUGGAAGGUCAUUUUUUAAAAGAUGUGAAUUCUAUAUGGUUGAUGAAUAGCUUCAGUUUCUUUGACUGCUGUACUUGAAUUUAGGUAGUAAGUAGUUUGAAGAGGUCACUUUAAAUACACAGUUUGGAUAUGAAUUGUAUUCCCCUGUUGACUGUCACUCCAGAAAUUUCUGAACUUUUAAUUUUCUCUUGAUAAGUUACCCAAAUAUGUAUGUUUAAAUGAAAAAAAUAAAUCAUUUCCAGGAAGUUGCCAUUGUCGUGCAGUGGAAACAAAUCUGCCUAGGAUGCACAAGGAUGCGGGUUCGAUCCCUAGCCUCGCUCAGUGGGUCCAGGAUCCAGCAUUGCUGUGAGCUGUGGUGUAGUUCAUAGACCCGGCUCGGACCCUGCAUUGCUGUGACUGUUGCAUAGGCCGGCAGCUGUAACUCUGAUUCUACCCCUAGCUUGGGAACUUCCCAUAUGCUUCAGGCGUGGCCCUAAAAAACAAACAAAUUAAAACAAACAAACAAACAAACCUUCCCAGGUUGGUCAUUUUGCACAGAACUGGGAACUGUGCAGGAAGCUCGCCUGCUGCCAGGAUCACCACACAGACCUUAGAGCCUUUUAAGACCCUAGAAACCACAGGGAUUCCCCAGGAGCGCGGGCUUAUGUGGGUUACAUCUGUCAACAUUUAUGGCAUUUAAAAUUAAAAUUAAGAUAUUUCAAAAAUACAUAGUCAUUUGAAAAUAAAGAUAUAAACCCAUGUCAUGUUAAUACAGCAUUUUUAAGAAAAAUAACUAUAUUUUCCAAAACAAAAAUAUUUAGCAAGGAGAGUGACAUUGUUUUACACUUUGGUAAAUCUGAUGUCUGGUUUAAUUGAAGACGGUUGCAUUCUGCAUUCAGUCUUGUGGUCUGUGUUUGUUUGAUGUAGUCACACAAGUAUGUAGUUGGAAAGGGAGGAGUCUUUUAAUAUCCUUUCCUGACCAUUGUGAAUGUCCCUCCUUGAUACUGCACUAAAAUUCAACAGGUGAUAGUUCCUUAAAGGUUAGUUGGAGAAAGAAGUUAUGAGUGUGUUUAAAACAGAAGACCACCUGCUAAGAGCACCUGGGCCAGCAGACUGGUGUCGGAGUCUGCUGCCAGGUUUGACAGAUACUGUCGCUGUGUUAGAUGCUCUUGUUGUGGGAAACUGGGUGAAUGCCACAGGGGACUCUCUGUAGUAGUUUUGUAGCUUCUUGUGAGAUUUAAACUUUUCAAAAGAAAAAGAAAGGAUUAGCUGCAUUGUGGAACCUGAAACCUUCUCUGUGAACUUUUGUGCUCCCCUUCAUUAAAAUCCAUUGAUCUUUCUUGCA